UUUAGCGCAUGCGCGGUCUGAUAGAGUUGACAGGUGGAUAGUGGAGCAAGUAGGAGCGACAAGACAAGCUUACGGUUAAGUUUAAAGCCAUAAAAAGAGAAAUCAUGACUGUCUGUAAGUAUUUCAUGCAAGGACGUUGUCAAUAUGGUGUUAAAUGCUGGAACGAGCACCCGGUUGGAGGAGGAGGGAGAGGCUAUAACCGCUCUACCUCUCAACAGCACUCCAGAGGAGAUACAGACGCCGCUGAAAUGAGAAUGGCCUGCGGCUUUUCUUCCGGCAGCUUCUUUGCCGGCGGAAGCGUCUUCAUGGACUUUUGAGGCAUGAAGGCUGGCGGAUUUUCGGAGUGGCUGGUGAGGUAUACACAUAUGAAUCCAGUGUUGUUAUUGUUAUUCUUCCCAGCAGAGUGUUAGCAGGGCAUUUGGUGUGGGCGGCAUGCAGGAUGUCUUAUUUUGAAAGGAGCAACAAAGUCCUACAUGACCAAUGAAAGCCAUGUUUAACACUCUGUCUGCUGCGUUUAAAUGGGCGCUACACUUCAUUUACUUUCCGUAACCUGUAUAAUAACCAAUCUAUACCGCCAUUGUUAUUGUAAGAGCGAACACUGGCAUAUUUUUUUGGGCAUAGUAACACAUCGCGUUGUUCACAGAGACACUCACACUGCUACGGCAUUAACAAGAGGCAAGCUAGCUUCUGCGUCAGCAGCUGAAUUGCUUUUGAGUUUGUAAUGCACAACACAAUGUGAUAGGACACAUACAGGUUGUUUUUCUGAUGAUUUUCAUAUUGUUAUAUGACACCUAAAAUUAAAAGUUUUUUUUUUUAAUCUUGUUUUUUUUUAUUCUCAUUUUCAUAUAUCAAAUUUAAUGACCGAAGACAUGCUAAUCAAGUAAAGUUAAUUGUAUUUCUCUAGCUGCCAUUUCAGAAUCAGCAUUAUUGGCCACAAGAAAUUUGACUUGGUAGACUGCUCUCCGUGUUUAAUGGAACAAUUGGUAUUACAAGUUAACGAAAAUAUAGUCAAUGACUCAGAUACUUAACAUGUGAGAGGCUAAUAAUUAACAAAAUAAGUUAUCUUAAGGCACUCUACACAUACAACAGGUCCAGAACUCGUCUCCUCGUACAUAAAAAGAACCAACUAAAGCAUUUAGGCUGCGUUCACACCGGGUUCAAUGUCCAAUUUACAUUUUUUUGGUUCAAAUACAGUCUUUUUAGUGGCCGUUCACAUUACAAAAAAUUUGAUUUUCAAUGUGAAUGCAAACUGACCCGCUUGCAGACAUGACGUAGCGAGCACUUCAGUGUUUACAGAACUAAAAUUGGCUUCAGCUCUAGUUGGUCUCAGUACUGGCACAUUUGUGACAAUUUCAAAGGUUUUUUGUGAUCAAAUUCAACGUCUUCUGAACCAAAAUUAUUGCGCAUGUGAGAAUAAGAAAGAAGAGAAGAAGUACUUUGGCUCCUGCAGUUCUACUGGAUAAUUUGCUUCAAUGUCUGCUUGAAGACCUGAGCGUGGGGGCGUUCACACUGAGGACACAUCGCAUUUAUAUCCACAUACGAAAGAGGCCUGGGUCAAAUAUGAAGUAUUUGGAAUUGCACUGUUUACACUGACAUUAAAAAUUCUGAUACAGGUCACAUAUGGGGAAAAAACUUGGAAUUGACCUGCAGUGUGAACAAGACCAAGACGGAGGGCAUAGAAACAAGGUUCCGGUGAAUCCCUCUCACCAAAAAGGAGGACAUAGCCAGCAAGUGUCCUCCCAUUGUUUCAACCGUGGGCAUCAACCGCGGGGACGAUGAACGGGGUGGAAGAGGAGGAAAAGGAGACAGAGGACCAGCACCGGGUGAAGAAGAUGAAGAGCAAAAACUGGAGAUCAUUCAGACUCAGAGUGACAUGAUGGUUUGGGAGAGCUCAGACCAGUCAAGCUUUUCCUGUUCUAGCGGCUCCAAGGCACUGUUUUCUGGGUUUGCAGACAUAUCUCCAGAAGAGCAGAGGUUUGAAUAUUACUCCACCAAGAGUUACCUCGAUGGCAUCAGCUGGCUGCUCAUUCAGUGGGGAGACCGAAUGAAUCAAUCUACUCGUGCAGCUUUGAUUGCAGAACUAAGAUAUCCAGCGCCUCGGACCUCGUCAAGUGGCUUUGGCUCAGCACCUGCUGGAUGUGGCAAUAAAGGGUUUGAGGCCGAACCACCAGCCCAAGCAACUAAUAUCAGUUUAGCUUCUCCAGCGAGUGGAUUAGGCUCUCCACUGGCCCCAACAUCUCCUCCAGGUUUCAGCGGCGCCAUCCCAGCUGUGACACAACCGCCCUCCGGGUCUGACGCCACGCCGUCUACAAGUUCCGAUGCCCCUCCAGGUUCCCCCUUCCCCCGCUCGUCUGGCGAAAAACUUGCGGCUCCAUCUUCGGGGACAGGUUCCUCCUCCGCAGCCGAGACCAACAAAGCGAUGGAGAAGUCCGGCGCACCUGCAGGAAAUUUGCCAGGACAGGUGCGUGCGGUGGAAACCUCAGGCGGUCUUUACUCCCUUGAGAGCGAGCUAACCCAGGAGGAGAUAGAUCAGUUCAAAGCACAAAUGUUCACUUUGGGUCUGAUUCCUCUGAAGCUGCCUCCUGCUGCAAUGCUUGCCAUUUAAUGCUUAAAUGUAUUUAUUUAUUUUUCAUAAACAGUUUUUAUUCAUUCAAGUUGAUGCACAUAUAGAAAUAUUUAUAACAAACCCCUCACUCCCCACACUCCAAACAGUCCUUGGACAAAUUAAAUGCACAUUAAAAAAAUAAAAAGUGAAUAAAAAAACUA